UUCAGGGGGUUUCCACAACAUCCUGUGUUGGUUCUGCUCCGCAGCUGGAGGCAGCUGAGAUCCCAGAAGGAUUUCUUCCUCCGUUCACACAGCCACGGAACGAUAAUCUGCCUUAAGAUGCGUGUUGAGUCGAGAGCCACCGGGUGCCGGGAGAGGGCAGACCCUCAUCUGACAAACACAUCGGCCCUCCGCGGGGCUCGCCGGGGGUUGCCCUUUGCACGGAGGCCCCUGCGUGGCUUAGCAAGUGGGAGGAUGGGGCAGAGCGGAGCAGCCAAGGGUCAGGAGCCAGCCCCCCUCCCCAUUUCUCCUGUCUGUGUGACUCACACCCUCUGUGCCCCCACAGGUCAACGUGACUUUGAUUUGGCCGAUGCCCUCGAUGACCCCGAACCCACCAAGAAGCCAAGCUCAGGCAUCUACCCCCGGCCGAGGCCACCCCCGCGCCCCCAGCCCGGCGGUUCCGACAGCGGUGGAGGUUACUUUGGGAACAGGGACCAGGAUGACGGCCGCUACCCGCCCAGGCCCAGGCCGCCCGCAGCUGGCGGUGGUGGCUACUAUCCCAACAAUGACGGCCACGGAAACGCCUAUGGAGGAGGGCGUUCUAGACCCAACUCUUACGGAAAUAAUUAUGGCGGAGACGGAUACUCCACGUACGGCAACCAGCAAGGUAACACGAUAGCGAAAAUCGUGUCCCCCAUCGUGUCCGUGUUGGUGGUCAUGCUGGUGGGUGCUGCCACGGGGUGGUUCCAGCGAAACAGGAGGAGAAAUUGUUUCAGGACAAGAGAACCAGAGCACGUGUGACGGCUUCAGGAUCCCGUGGUUGCUUUGAGAGCUCAGUGUAGACGAGGUCCCCGUGUAUCGCUCCCGUGACAGCUCCUUCCAUUGCGGACGUCAUUGCCACCCUAAAGCGUCUCUGUCUGGAGGGGACCGACCGCCUGACAAAGAAUUUCUGAUCCGCCGGACGGGGGAGGGGGGUGUUUAUAAAGAUAAGUUAGCCAAGCCUUGGGUCCUAAGAAGAUGGUCUGACCUGCACGUUCGAUGACUCCUUUGACCAGAUUGCGAGGCUGUGGUGGGUUCCCCAGAACUACCUCACGGUGCAGGAUGCGCACAUUGUCCCAAAGUACAACGGGGGUGCAAAGGCAUAAGGGGUCUCGGGCUGUGGGGUGCUGUCUCCUUCUGGGGGUUUUGGGGGACCCUCUGAGGGUUUCCAGUGGGCUCUGGGAGAAACCUGAUCCAUGGGAAGUCUUCCUCAAGGAGCCAGCACCCCCCCCUUCCAGCUGGAACAGCAGGAUUCCCGCUGCUCAGUGCUGGCUGUGACCAUGUAACCCUUAUUAGCACACAGUAAGGCUGGCAUUUCCAGUUGCUGGUGCAUGCACUCCCUGAUGUGCAAGACAUCAUGGGCAAUCUGUGCAGACUUUUUCUCUUUUUUUCCUGCAAAAUCUUAUGAUUUCGGUAUUUUGGGAAGGGAGAAAAUUGGGGCUGGCAGUCAUGAUUUGUGCCUGUUGAGUCUUCCCAUAUUAUUUUUCAUGUGAUAGUCUGUAGGCAACUGUGUUGAAGGCAAUGGCAUCCUUUUCUGUGGUUUCUACUUUUUUCCGCCCCUUUUUACUGGAGUAGAAAAUUCUAAGUCCUCAGGCAUCUAAAAAGCAUACUAGGUAUUUGCUUCUAUUUUAGCGACAUUUUAGGGGAAGCUGGGAAAAAGGAAGGAUUUGGGCUCAUUGAUAGAGUUUCAUUCAAUUAACGUAAAUGCUUAUAGGACUUUCGGAGUUUGCCCUAAAUAUCAGCACUGAACAUAAAGAUAGUUACUGCAAUCCAGAACUCAUCAGGAGGACCCAGGAAAGUCCUAAAUUGUUGUAUGCGCCGUGCUCAUGGGUAUGGACUGGGAGGUAGGUCUCCAGGGAGGACUUGAAUGCAGAAAGACCUAGAAAUACCUCCCCAAAUAGAAAAGGGAAUUUACAGCUAACGCUCUUGAUGUGAUGUGAUUCAUAUGUGAUUGGAGCACUUUCAAGAUGGCCGUGGUUACCAUCUGGUUGCUAUCGGGAUGGGAAUGUCCUCCGACGUUUCUCCAGUGUCCCCAUCAAGUGACAAAGCCUCGUGGCCCCAACACUCUUUCUGUAGUCUUUUCUGUGGGUUUCGGUAGGAGUUUAUUUUGAGUCUUGAUAAAAAGUAUGCGCGUGUGUGGACAGACAGACACAUCCACGCCAUCACAGACACUCCUGGAUGGAAUGGAAGCAUUCAUAACGACAUACAUCCAUCGGUUUCCUGUAACUGCCAUAAGUACAUUUUUAUCGUGUAAAAGAAACGUAAAAAAAAAAUAAAGUAAAAAGACGUCUUCUUUGUUUCACCGACGUUGACGAAACAGCACUGGAAAAUAAAAAUCAUAAGGCAUCGAG